UGUUCCAACACACACACACACACAUCUUCUAUCGAUCACGUGUUCUCCUCUCCUUUUUCUCUGCCUUCUGCUCUCUCUUUACUUUGUUUGCUUCUUCCAUGCAAACCUUAUCCAACAAUAUCUUUUAGUCGUUAGUUUUGUUCUUUAGCUUUACUCUUUCUAUUACAUAACCUGUUUUGUUCGUUAAUUGCUUUUCAUAAAAAGCACUCAAAAUACUUAAAAAGCUUAAUUAUAGUAGUAGUGAAUCAUACACUUUGUAGCAAAAGACAUGGAGAACAAGAACAACAAAAAGAAAGUUGGAGGAGCUGGUUCUUCCUCAUCUCCUACCAAUUUCGAUCAUCUUUUUGGUCCCAAAGAUCCUUCCACUACUUCAUCUUCUUCCACCAGCAUCUUUAGCUCCAUUUUUCCACCACCAUCCACUGUUGGAAGGAGAGAUUCAACAAGGCACGACAUGGGAAGCAAUAAUUAUGGAGCAUCAGGAAAUUACUCAAACAAAGGUGAAAACAGUGGUGGCAUCUCUAACAAGAAUAAUAAUACUAUUAGUGAUACCAGUUAUCAAACUGAGACAGUGGAGCCUAGUUACUACAGCUCAUCAAUCUAUUAUGGUGGUCAAGAAAAUUAUAAUUCUCCAAGAACCUGCAGGACCACUCAACCUCCCCAUAUUAUCAAGAAAAAUAAGGAUGAUGAUGAUGAUGAUUCAAAUGGUAGUGAUUCGGGAAGUGCUUCAAGAGGAAACUGGUGGAAAGGUUCCCUUUAUUAUUAACAUUUGAUCAGUAUUGUCGCAGUACUCUUGUGGUCUAGUUAGUUAAUCAACUAUAGUAUGUGGAAAUAAAGCUUGGUAGCUGGUGCAUGCAAUGCAAUUACUACUUUUGGCAACAUGUGUGUUGGGUUCUUUUUGUCACGUCUCGCACAUUAAACGUAUAAGUUAAAAUGUAUGACACCAAAGACAACCUUCGAAGGGAGCUAGUUUGAAGAAAUAGUUACUACCUGUCGAAUGUGUUGUUGUUUUUAGACUAUAGUGUUGUUGUUGUAUAAUCAUGUGACUCUGUUAUAUGUAUGUGUACGUUGUGCUAUUCUGGUUUUAUAUAUAUAAUAUAUAUCCAUUAUAUA